GAGAAAUUAUGAUUCGCUUGAAAGUGGAAUUUGGAGGUUAGAGGUUAGGAUGCGUGUAGGAAAUUUUUAUGAAGAUUACAGUAUAUAAAAGCUCCUAGUUUCCGUGUAUUCUACAUAGUUUCAUACAUGUAGAAAACGCAAUUUUCUCUGUACAUUAUUUUAUCUGACCGUCACUGAUGACAAGGGGGUGGGUGCGCGCGUUUCUACGUUUGAGGAUCGGCGCGCGUUCUCGUUGCACCUUCUGCGCCCGCGUAUCGGGGCUUUGCAACACAGACGAACGGUGUGUCCUGCCGCGCGCGCCAAGUGCCUAGGAGAGGAAGCGCAGCGACGGAGCCGAGCUAAGCUCGGCCUUCCUCGACCGACCGUAGGCGCAGUCUCUCAUCGUCAGUCUUUCUCGUCCCCAGCCCCGUGAGAGCACGCUUUCGGGGUCAGAUCUAUCUUACGAGUGUGUCCACCUCGACGCCAACCCUCAGCUGUCCCGGUCACCGACCUGACGGCCAGUCGGUUCUCGCUUUUAACGCGAUAUCCCUCACGUAACUGUGUUCAGUGUCUCGAAGUGUUUGGUCUGCGGUGUGCAGUCAAUCAGUAUCGUAGCACAGGCGGGAGUAAACAGAGCAGCAUCAGUGUGCUCUUUCUCCCUUUUUCCCUCUCGUCCAUUGUCCUCACGUUGGUACAAAUAAUCGUCAAUCAACAGCCCGGUUAUUUUUCUCGACUUACAUCCCACGUUGAUUAGAGUCGCAUCGUGCGGCUACACGAGAGUUUGAACGAAAACUGCAGGAAGCAUGGUGGAUCAACAGCAGUCGGAUCAGCAACAGGAAGCUGUGCCAAGCGUGGUGGAGUUGAACGUGGGCGGUGUAUUUUACACAACUGCUUUAACCACCCUCACCCGGGAGAGCGAUUCUCAUCUGGCCGCAUUGUUUUCGGGAAAAACGCCGGUCGAGAAGGAUGCGAAGGGAAAGUAUUUCCUGGACCGCGACGGUGUACUGUUCCGUUACGUGCUCGAUUUCCUGCGCAAUCAGGCACUCGUUCUGCCCGAAGGUUUCCGGGAGAAGGAACGGUUGAAACAGGAGGCGAAUUUUUACGGUCUCCCCGGAUUGGAACGUGCCAUUAUGGAGAACGGCAAGUCUUCCGGUUCCUUGACCUCGCCGGGAAAGAGAGCAGCCGGUCACAUAACCGUCGGUUAUCGCGGAAGCUUCGCGUUCGGCCGCGAAGGCCUGCCGGAUGUCAAGUUCCGGAAACUAUCGAGGAUCCUCGUAUGCGGUCGCGUUACUCUCUGCAGGGACGUGUUCGGAGAAACCUUGAACGAAAGCCGCGAUCCGGAUCACGGUGCUUCCGAUCGUUACACAUCCAGAUUUUUCUUGAAGCACAGCUCGAUCGAGCAAGCUUUCGAUAUGCUUCAAGAGCAAGGAUUUAAGCUGGCCGGUAGUUGCGGCUCCGGCACAGCUGGCAGCAAUUCGGAACAGCUGAAGCCCGGAAUGGAUUCCGAGGAGAAUCGUUGGAAUCAUUACAACGAGUUUGUCUUUGUUCGCGAUUAAAUAGCAUUCCUUCUUCCUCCUUGGUUUCGAAUUAGCUAAACGAGCCGGUCGCUGGGAAUAGUCGGUGUCAUUUUAUUCGAUCGGCUCGACGAGAUUCAAUUCCAACAACCAAAUGGAAUUUCGGGAUUAUUUCGUCCGUCGAACGACAGACACGGGACAGCAAUUCGCUAUCCGAAGACUUUCCUUCUCGAACUGAUCGUAACCGGUAGGGUAAAAAGUAGCGAUGAAUCUUUUUCGUCGAACAUUGUGCAUGUACUAUUCAAACUCAUCGAGCUAAUAAAAUGACGAUGACACGUAUUCCUCUAUCAAGAUAUUCUUUGCUCGUUUCUUCCAUCCGAACGGACCCGAAAGGAUCGUUAACGAAAGGGACGUGACGUUGUAUUUGGAUGAAGUCAGAUCGUAAACGAGGAGUCUUUGUUGAAAUUAGCAGACUCCCCUCGAACACGUGCACUUUAACGCGGCGUUGAACAACGAUCGAAGCACUUUCGUCGAUGAAACAAAGACGAGUUCAUCUUGCUUGAUUCUGCGGUAAUUGGCGGUGUUAAGAAGACCGAGAGACAACGGAAAGUUUGAAGAAGACGAAGCAAACGAUACUGGAUCGUCGCGACUUGAAGAGUUUGCUUUAAUCUUCGACCAGUGUGAAGAUUGUAUUUCAUCUGUAAAACGGAAAUUUUAAUGGUAACGUCUCGAAGAAUAUGAAGAAGAUGUUGGAUGAUAUGAAAAAUCAACGUUUGAUCGUCAAAUUUAGAGGAAGUUUCAACGAAAGAUCCUCGUUUUCUUAUUCCUAUUCAAAUCUAUUCAUCACGCAUCUACGUUUAACCGUUCGCUUGCUGAAUAUCGUAUCAUUCCAAUUCGAAUCGGGAUAAUUUCUCCGCGAAAAUAUGAUCCAAACUUGGGCAUCGAGAAUCAAAGACUCGUUAGAAAUACUGUCUACAUUAUUCGGAAGGAUCUUCAUAAAAAGGAUACAAAAUAAAAUGCAGGAUCUUUGCAAUUUUUUCACUCGUAGCCGUAAAUACGCAGGAAAGAAGAAUACCAUUAGAGGAGGAAAUUUUAACCAGACCAAGUAGCGUAAAGCAAUCGAGACGAUUCAUCGUUUGAACCAAUGGUCAUUUUCGAACAAAAAACAAAACGAAACAAAAAAAAAAACAAAACGGGUAUAAAA